UAUCGUGUGUCCAUCUUCAUCUCUCCUCUGACCCUUGGGCUUCUUAAACUGUACUCUAAACUUAGAUUAUCAUCGAUGACACUGUCUCAUACGUGAUCAGUCUGUACUUCGAUUCUUGUGCUCUGUUAAUUCUCCUGUUCCCUAUUGUCUCUGAUUCAUUUUAAAAAUUUAUUUUCUCCUCCCCUUGCAGUUUAUUUACUUACGUCAUCUUAUUUAGUGAACUUGUGAAGUGAAGACUGUAUUAAAUAAGAUUGGAUUGUAUGCUUUAAACAACAAGAAAACAUAUAUACAAGAAUUUGUUUUUUGAAGGAGAAAAAAGAAGUAAGCAGAAGCUGAAUCCCAGAAGCAAAGAAAACAGUGACUGUAGACCCUCACGUUUUUCGUGACGCUCGUACGUCGAGUGUCAUCAAGCUGGAGCUGGCAAAGAGGAGUUUUGGCCUGCGGGGUGCGAAGACUGAACCUACCUGGGACCGAUUAAGAAGCACAUCCCCCGAGACCCCCCCAACCAAAAUCACACGCCUUACCUCACCCCUAUCCUUGUCCUCCUCCAGUCCCUUUUCCCCUGGUGCUAAACCGCGCAAUCAAAGUCGUGAAGUUUCUACUAAACCGGGAAUACCAAGUAUGGACAAUAUGGACAACAAACCUGUGUUGAACGACGACCCAUCGGUCACACUAACUAUUCGCUUGAUUAUGCAAGGCAAAGAAGUAGGAAGUAUUAUUGGGAAGAAAGGCGAGAUUGUCACGAGGUUCCGUGAAGAAUCUGGAGCAAAGAUAAACAUAUCGGAUGGUUCUUGUCCAGAGCGAAUUGUAACUGUAACUGGACCAACUAAUUCUAUCUUCAAAGCUUUUACUUUGAUAUGCAAGAAAUUCGAGGAAUGGUGCUCGCAAUUUCACGAUGUUCAGAGCGGAGGUGCAGGUGGUGGCGGUGGAACUCCUAGGACUCCAAUCACUCUGAGACUCAUCGUACCUGCGUCUCAGUGCGGAUCACUAAUUGGCAAGGGCGGAUCUAAGAUCAAAGAAAUUAGAGAAGUUACCGGUGCACUGAUUCAAGUUGCUUCAGAGAUGUUGCCAAGCUCGACAGAACGUACAGUCACUAUCUCUGGCACCAGCGAGUCUAUUACUCAGUGCAUAUAUCAUAUCUGCUGUGUCAUGCUAGAGUCCCCUCCCAAAGGUGCCACGAUCCCUUAUCGCCCUAAACCCCAAGUUGGUGGGCCAGUGAUCCUGGCUGGUGGCCAAGCUUACACCAUCCAGGGUAAUUACGCGGUGCCCGCCCACUCGGACGUAAGUACAGUAUUGCCAUUGCCGGCAUCCGCUGCCGGGCCUGCCCAACCCUCGCUGAACACCCAAACUCUUACCGCAUCGCCAUUCGCGGCUGCCCACCCUUCCUCACCUUUUGCUUCACACGGUCAUCCGCUACUCCCGGCCCACCUCACCGGACCCCAUCAUCCGCUACACCCGAGCUCCUUACACGCCAGCGUGGCAGGCCUCGCCGACCCCCUGCUGAAGAGUGGACACUUGCAGGCAGCCCUCCCGCCCGCACUCGUGGCAGACGCCAUGGGAAAACUUGGAAGUAAUCCACUGGCUGGUCUUGCAGCCCUUGGUUUGGGAGGGCUAGCAGCUCCUGCUAAUACUGGAGGAUUAAAUCCGGCUGCUCUGGCAGCUUUGGCCGGAAGUCAGCUGCGUACGAAUCACACUAACAGACAACAGCCAGCAGCUAAUAAUCAGACACAUGAAAUGACUGUGCCAAAUGAAUUGAUCGGCUGCAUAAUCGGCAAAGGGGGAACGAAAAUCGCUGAAAUUCGUCAAAUCUCUGGAGCGAUGAUCAGGAUCAGUAACUGUGAGGAGAGAGAGGGUGGAGCUACAGAUCGGACGAUCACAAUCACUGGAAAUCCAGAUUCAGUUGCACUCGCGCAGUAUCUCAUCAAUAUGAGUGUCGAACUGCAGAAAGCUAACCUAGAGGCCCAAAAUACCCAAACCCCUGGCAGCGGCACCACUCCCGGGGCAUCCGGGGCCAGUGCUUCCCCUUCUACCACUACUACCACUGCCUCUCCCUUGGCCAGCGCAAUCCCCUUGGCUCAGCUGCUAAGCAAGCCAGGAGCCCUCAACGCCCUAUCUAGCUUGACUGCCCUUGGUGGGUUGACGGAAUUACUCGGCGGCGCUGCUGGUGCAGCUGCUGCAACUCUACCUGUCCAGACAACUGGUGUGCAUCGUUCUCACAAGACCUUCACACCUCGUCUACGAAGUCCUGGAACUCCUGGACCUACUGAGAGCGGGAAAUUCAAAUCGGAGAGGACCAAGUACAACCCUUAUUGAGCGAGUGCGAUUGUUGUUUGAGACGCACGCUUUUGUGAGGGAUUUGAGGUGAUGAUGAUGAUAAGAAUGAUGAUGAUGAUAAAUGAUGAUAAUAAUAAUUUCAUAACAAUGAUGAUAGAAUCAUUGCAGACUUAGAUCUUAAGAGACAAACAAAAUCAGAAUGAAACGUACUCUGAGUUUCUUCUAGAUCUUUUUUUUUAUAUAUAUAAAAAUGUAAAUCAUUUUUAUAGAUUUUUGCGAAUGUUUCUGAUAUAAUUAUGAUGGAUACUGUUGGUGGAUUAGUAUGGGACUGUAUCGUGUGAACUAGCUUAAAUCUAGUGAUGUUUUGUAUUAUUUCUUUAUAAAUUAUGUUCGUUUUUUGACUUUAUACGACGACUUGAGAAGCUUUGUAGUACUAUAUGUUAUAGUACAUUUUUUUAUAUCUUUUUUUGUUAUAAUUCUGGAUAAUAGAGAAGCUCAGAGCGCGAGAUCGUAAGAGGAGAAAUGUUUUUUUACAUAUUCUUAUUAUCAUUACUAUGGAUUAUAUUGUAAUAUUUACCUACGUACACAAGAAAAAGAAAAUUCAAUAAUUGUUAUUAUCUCUAUAAAAUACGACAGUAGUGAGAAAACAAGUCUGUAUCUAGAUAUAUAGAGGCAUCAUAAAUCGCGAAGAAUUUUUGUUAACUAUUGUACGUCUUUGCUUUGGAUUAAAUCGCAUAAGGAUACGAGAAAAAUCAUUUUUUUGUCAUAAGUCGCGAGUGAAAAAGUGAGAGAAACUUGAAGAACAUAGAAACAGAUAACAAAGAAAUGAAGUGAGAAUAAAUUAACUAAUUUUGGAUCGUGUAUUUUCAAUAAACAGUCAUGUAAUUAAUAAUUAAUCGAAUAUAAAAUAAUGCUAAAACACAUAAUAAAUCGCAAAAGGUGGCGGAUUUUUUCGAUAAUUUUUUGAUGAAUCGUAUACCAAUUGAAUAAUUUAUUCAUACAGAAGUAAAGUGUAUUGUAAUCAUGUUUAUCUUAAUAAUCUAGUUUGAACUGAAUUAUAAUGUAUAAAAAAAAAUAAAACCACAAAAUGAAACAUGUGAAUAUGUGGUUUAAAUUCUAAUAGAGUUAAAUGCUCAAGAUUAAACUCGCGAAAAGUCCGCCACCGGAAGUGGAAAUUGGCGAGCUUAUAUCAUUACACAACAGAGACGCCUUUACUUAUGUGACGUUGGUGAGUGUUAUAUUAAUUAAGAUUUAAGUUGAUAUACAUCUAAGCUUAUAUAUAAAGUAUGUAUAGUGUCAUAAUUAAAAAAAAUAGAGCCUGGAUAUAUGCAUUUUUUUAUGCAAACAUUUGACACAUUUAAGAAAAAUUUCAAACUACACCGUUUUUCAUAAUAAAGCACAGAUUUUAGGUAAAUAAGGGUAAGAGAGAAUUUUGUUUUUGAUUUAAAAAAUGUUUAUUUGAUCAAAAUUAUUUUUAUGAAAAAUAUUUUAAAAAAUUUUCAGUUUGUAAUGUAAACUGUAUAUGAGGAAAAUCUCUCGAACUCUAAUCGAUAAUUAAUUGCGUGCUCAACCUUAGUUUAUGGAUGUUCUGAUUCAUUAAAGAAAGCAAACACCGUUAAAAUAAAAACGUUUAUUUAUCAAAUUUUUUAGAUCGAUUUAUAAAAUGAAGUUAAUUGAAAAUGACAAAUGACAAGGAAAAAUAAACAAAUAUAUUUAAUAGAAUUUUACUUAAAGAUGAAUUCAGUAGAUUGAAGUAAUGAUUAUUCUGAUAAAAUAUUCAUCAGUCUUUUUUUUAGAACUAAGUCUUAAAUAAACAAGAAUUUACUUCUUUAAAAUAACAUAAAAAUAAAAUAGGUGAAAAAGAUGGUACACAUUGUGUGCUUAUCAAACACUUGGCUAACUUGUAUCACUUUGUUGAAUAAAUCUAGGCGUGUUUAAUACAAAAUAAAAGAAACUCAUUAAGGUUUCAUACUCUGUUACUUUGGUCUACCUUGACAUAUUCGUUAAAAAUUUUUUUAAUUUGUAUACAUGUUAUUUUUUAAUUUAUAUUUUUUUCUUACUUUAAUUUAUCUUAUUGAAAUUCAUUGUGAGCGUGGAUAUUUCACAUUGAGCGAACGUUUGGUUAAAUUUUUUUAUUUUCCAGAGCAUUACCCUUCGUUUUAUAUUUUUUUCUUCAUAAUUAUAGUUCAUUUAACACGGCUGUAAGGAUGUAAAAAAUACGAUAGUACGUUUUUGAAUCACAAAACUUGGUGGAGAAUUUUUUAAAAGUGAGCGAGAGAGAGAAAAAAGAAAUUUUAUAAGAGAGAUAUAGAAAGGAUGUAUCCAUUCAACCAACUAUGACCCAGGCUCCUGCCCAUUUUCGGAUAUCGAUAGAGACUUCAGGAAUGCCAAUUCCCGCGUAUCACUACAUUGCUCCGAAUCAUAUCGUCAAGUCUCCGAUUCACUAAAAUCAGAGAUUUAAUUUAACUUCAGGCGGAAAGAAACGUGGGAUGAUAUGGAUUGGAGGAGAGACGUAAAGAACUAUCGAUAUACGAAAAUCUUCACAACGUGUAGAAGCCGAAAAAAUAGAAGAUAAAGAAGCUGUCAGUAACAUUUUCGAGAUGGGUUUUAAAUCUCUGUUUAACCAAUGUGCUUAAUCGACAGUCUUCAGAAAAGACAUUAACGCUACACAAACAAAUCAACACUUUAUUGUACACACGUUUAUUGGAUACACAUGUCGUUCACUUCUCAUGAAGGCUGAACGACAAACAAAAAUAACACGGACCUGGGCACCGAAAUUGUACAGGAAAAAACAGAAGAAAUUAAGAGGUAACGCGUACAUAUAUAAAAAAAAAA